AUCGCCCAUAUAUAAACAAACACCAUCAGCUUUAAAAUAUUCCCCCUUCAACUUAGAUCAGGAAAGGAGCUCUGAUAGAGAGUGAGAGAGAGAAGAGAUAGGGGAGAGAUGCCAGAGUACUGUGUGACCGGAGGAACUGGUUACAUAGCGGCUUACCUCAUCAAGUCCUUGCUCGAAAGAGGCCACACCGUGCGGACCACAGUACGGAAUCCAGGGGAUGAUGGGAAGGUGGGAUUCCUGAGGGAGUUCGAGGGAACGAAGGAAAGGCUAAAGAUCAUGAAGGCAGACUUGAUGGUGGAAGGAAGCUUCGAUGAGGCCGUAAACGGGGUCGACGGGGUAUUCCAUACUGCUGCCCCGGUUCUUGUUCCUUAUGAUGACAAUGUCCAGGCGACUUUGAUUGAUCCAUGUAUAAAGGGCACUCUGAACGUGCUCAACUCGUGCUCAAAGGCGAGUUCCAUCAAGAGGGUCGUGCUCACCUCGUCCUGCUCUUCGAUACGGUAUCGCGACGACGCCACAGAUGUCUCUCCCCUUAACGAGUCGCACUGGAGUGACCUAGAGUACUGCAAACGAUAUAAUCUGUGGUAUCCGUACGCAAAGACAGUAGCCGAGAAGGAAGCGUGGAGGGUGGCCGAAGAGAAAGGGAUCGAUCUCGUGGUCGUAAACCCGUCUUUCGUGGUGGGUCCUUUGCUUGCCCCACAGCCCACGAGCUCAAUCCUCCUAGUACUAGCCAUUGUCAAAGGUUUACGAGGAGAGUAUCCAAACUUCACAGUCGGUUUCGUGCACAUAGACGACGUGGUGGCUGCCCACAUCCUGGCCAUGGAGGCAAAGAAAGCAUCUGGCCGACUUGUUUGCUCGAGCUCCGUGGCUCAUUGGUCUCAAAUCAUUAGCAUGCUUAAAUCCAGAUACCCAUCCUACCCUUACGAAACCAAGUGCAGUAGUCAGGAGGGAGACAACAAGCCGCACAGCAUGGACAGCAGCAAGAUUGUUGAGAUGGGCCUUCCUCCUCCGAAGUCGCUCGAGCAAAUGUUCGAUGACUGCAUUAAGAGCUUCCAGGACAAGGGACUUCUCUGAAGAUCGAACCAAAACAAUAUAGUAUAAUAUGGGAUCAACAAAUAUAGUUGGAAUAGAUUAAGCAAUAAUUUCUUUAAGUUCGGGACGGUAACAAGUAAUUACAUCGCGUUCGAUUUUUAUUUCCUAAGCAUAUUUACCCUUAGACAGAGGCCUUUUUUUUUGUCUGUGUGUAAGAAGAGACGGUUAAUUUUGAUUAGCCAUAUAACAAAUCUUCAACAGUGAUGACAGCUAUACUGCCUCUUAAAUUGAA